AUAGUGCUGGGGCAGCCUUCCCGGCUCAGUGUGAAAGAGGAAGUGACCAUGCAGGUACUCACCAAGCGCUACCCCAAGAACUGCCUGCUGACCGUCAUGGACCGGUACUCGGCCGUGGUGCGCAACAUGGAACAGGUGGUGAUGAUCCCCAGCCUCCUGCGGGACGUGCAUUUGGUGGGGCCUGGGGAGCAGGCUCAGAUCCCCGACCUCUACACCUACUUUACCAUGCUCAAGACCAUCCGUGUGGAAGUGGACCACGGGCUGCUGCCGAGGGAAGAGUGGCAGGCCAAGGUGGCAGGCCACCAAGACAACGAAGCCGAGGACGAUGAAGCCGUCGAGACGGAGGAGGCUGGGGAGGAGAGGAUUUCCAGAGAGCUGGACCUGGAAGCCCAGUUCCAUCUGCACUUCUCCAGCCUCCACCACAUCCUUACCCACCUCACCCAGAAAGCCCAGGAGGUGACGAGGAAAUACCAGGAAAUGACAGGACAGAUCCUGUAGGCCUUGAGCUCCAAGGGAGACCUUUUCACAGAUGAGAAGGCAGCCUCUGGGAUGCAGCAGUUCGUCAGCCUUGGGAGCAGAAAGGCCUGGACCUGCAGUUGGACGGGAAGGCGACUUCUGCCUCUGAAGGCUUCCCUACUUCCUUGUGAGCUGCUUUGCGGACUCCACUCACUGGCUCACCUAAGGACGUUUGUCACUACUAAUAGUUCGUUUCCCUCCUUUUACCAAGUUGGGGAGGUAACCAGUGGUUCAUGAGUUACCUGUUCAGUGUGGUAUCGCAGAGUGUUAGCACACGACCAGUGUUCACACCCCUCCUUUCGGGUGUCAGCCCCAUAUGUGAUCUCGGACACAGUCACCCCCGAGCGCAUUUCUCUCUUGUAUGAAACACAGUCUCAAUCUACCUCACAAGGUUGCAGAAAUGAAACAAGAUGAA